AUGUUGGACUUCUUCCCUACAGUCAUUCUAGACCCGUUUGAAAGCUACAGGCCGUUCCCCAAAAACCCUCAAAGUGUACUCGCCACACACUGGCAUGAGAUUGUUGCCGCAGCUGUGUUUUACUUCACCUUGCAAGCGAUUGUAAAGCCAUUGGCGACCCGAAUCUUGGGCAAAACAUACACGUCAUUACCCAAGAAGACGCAAAUUGACUUUGACAUCCAUGUAGUGUCAAUGGUGCAGAGUAUAAUUUCCAUUGUGAUAACCUAUUACCACUUCAACAAUCCACAUUGGCGUAAUAGAUCCAACGACCCAGUGAACUCACUUUUAGGAUCAACUCCAUUUGGCAGUAUGGGUUCGGCUAUAUCUAUUGGAUAUUUCGUAUGGGAUAUGUGGGUGUGUGUUCGAUACUUUGAUAUUUUCGGUGUUGGCUUUUUGUUUCAUGGCGCUGCUGCUUUUUUCGUAAUAGCAUGCGCACUUAUACCGUAUUGUCAGCCUUGGUUGGGAAGUUUCCUUGUUUUCGAGCUCAGUACCCCAUUUGUCAACUUGAACUGGUAUGCUUCUCGCAUGCCGGAGGGUACAUUUAGUGAGAAAUUUGUAAUCGUCAAUGGUCUUUUGUUGAUGAUUGUGUUCUUUAUGGUUAGAAUUGUUUGGGGGUUCUAUGCAGCUGUUCAAUUGGCUAUCGACAUGUCUUAUUCGUUGGAUCAGAUAAACAAUGCAAUUCCGGCAAUAAUAUUGUUGUUGAAUUUUGGAAUGGACCUGUUGAAUGUGUUUUGGUUUUACAAAAUGGUGAGAAUUGCAAGAAAGAAAGCUUCAAAGAAAGCACUGGAUAGGAAGAAAAAGUAG